GCUGACAGUGCUCGGGCCACCUGCUGCUCGGUUUGUUUACAACCCCGCCAGGCACAUUGGCUGUUUUCACGUCUUCAAUUUGCUUUUCAAUUUUGACUUUACAUUUUUUAGUCAUUUUAUUUGUGUAAUCCGGACUUAUUGCUCUUCGUAUUGAAAAGUACGUGCUGCUAAACUAUAAAACGCAAGUUAUCGGACGUUCAGCAGUCUUGAUACUCCAGGAUUUUAUACUCAAAAUAAUAUUAAUUUAAAAUACCUUUGCUUCGAAUAUGACAAACGGAAUAUUUUAUCCUAAAACAAUCAGAUCGUCAUGUAAUAUAGACAACAUGGAUCUGUAUAUGCUUAAAAUUUACAGCAGGUUUUCUCGUUAUUUACGCUCUUAAAUAUAAAGAGAUAAUUAAGACUUUUUAUCAUAUUCGAUUACAUUUAUUCUUGUCACAAUUAACUUCUAUUCUCUCCCUUCUAUGCAUGUGUCAUGCAGCUAUAGGCUGUACGUUUGUGUCAAAUGAAUAUCAAUAAAGUUUUCGCGUUUUGAAACAUCAUGGCGGCCUACACGGCCCCUGCAGCUGUCAGACUCUCAAUAAAACAUUUGCUAAAAGACACUGUCCUGACCCCAAAGAGGAUUUGUCGUCUCUCAGCCAGUUGCACUGGAAGGGGUUGUACUAGUUGGAGGACAUGCAGUUCAUCUGCACCAUCCUGCUACCCUCAGUCUCCAGCAGCAGAUAUUUGUGCCUCUAGUGAAACUACUGGAUUCUAUGAACGCCUCGUUCAGUGUGGCUCCCUGAGGGAAGAUGCUCAACAGAGAAGCGUCCUCCAGCAUCUUUCUCAGCUUCAGUACACCCUGAAGAGCUACAGUAACCACAUGUACUUGAACCCACCGAGGGUAAACUCAAAAGACAACCACAGUCUGCUUCCAAAAGAUAAAGACUCCGACAUUGCAUCAGCCAGAAACAAAGACGGUGGACCUGCAGCUAAGGUAAAGGAGGAAGCCAAUCCACCACCUCCCCCCAAAGGUUUCUAUAUCUAUGGAGACGUUGGCACAGGGAAGACCAUGCUCAUGGAUAUGUUUUACUCUCGUGUGGAAAACCCUUGUAAAAAGAGAGUCCACUUCAAUGGCUUCAUGUUGGACAUCCACCAAAGGAUCCAUCGGAGGAAACAAAGCCUGCCAAAACGAAGGCUAGGGAAAAUGUUCACCUAUGACCCCAUAUCACCGGUUGCCAUGGAGAUCAGCAAUGAAACCUGCCUCCUGUGUUUUGACGAGUUUCAGGUGACCGACGUUGCUGAUGCCAUGAUCCUGAAGCAGCUGUUCGAUACGCUGUUCAAGACCGGAGUGGUGGUGGUGGCCACCUCCAACAGACCCCCUGAUGAUCUGUACAAAAACGGACUUCAGAGGGACACCUUCCUGCCUUUCAUCGACAUGCUGAAGGAGUACUGCCACACAAUCUGCCUGGACUCUGGAGUUGACUACAGGAGGCUGCUCAAGGAAGCAGCAGGGAAACGCUACUACCUAACAAGGGAGCCUGGUGCGGAGGCCCACUUGGAUGCGCUCUUUGAGGAGCUGGCUUUAAGACAAAAGAGUGCUACAGGCCCACGGUUGCUCACAGUGCUGGGCAGAGACGUGACUCUGCAGAAGACCUGUGGCUCCAUCGCCGACUGUACUUUUGAAGAGCUGUGUGGCAGAGCUAUGGGUGCCAGUGACUACCUGGAAAUGGCACGGCUCUUUGACACUGUAUUCAUUCGCAAUGUACCCAUGCUGACGCUGGCAUUGAAGGACCAGGCCAGACGCUUCACCACCCUCAUAGACAACUUCUACAACAACAAGGUGAGAGUGGUGCUGCUGGCGGCAGCUCCUGUUGACCGGCUGUUUGUCCACACUGGAGGGGAAGAUGAGAGGGACCGACAACUGCUGGAUGACCUGGGCCUCAGCGGGGAGGCAGCGGAGCGCCUGACUCUGUUCACAGCCGAGGAGGAGAUCUUUGCCUUCCAGAGGACUGUUUCCAGACUCGUGGAGAUGCAGACGGAGUCAUACUGGAUGGAGGGAGACCGCAGUUACAGCAAGACACACAUCAACAGCGAACAUGCUCACUGACUGAGAAGCAUAUACUUCCAAGCAACACAGUACCUCGCGAACUACUGACGCUGCAUAGGAGAAGUUCCUAUUUGGCAGAAAUAGAAGUGAACAAGUCUUUUUUGGGAAUAAGCAGUAGUUUUGCUCAAGUAUAUUCAAGACCUGAUAUCCACAGUGAAAUUAGAUACCUGUUUUCAAUUUAGAUGUGACUUGUCGCUGUCUUAUGAAUGUUUUACUGUCGGGUCCUCCUCUGUGAGGUGUGCUCUCUCCCUCUUGUGGACUAUUUGUUUUAAAGAAUAUGGAAGCCUCUCCAACAUGAGUGAACAACAAGGCAAGCAGGUGCUCACUUCACAGAGGGAAAGGGGGCCAAGUGUCCUCAGAGUAGUUGACUGCUGCCCUCUAGUGGGUUAAAGGAAAAGGGUAAAAUAUUCUCAAGUUGGCGGUUUUAACAAACGGUGUCAGUCAUUGUGCAGGUCUUGAAUAAAACCUCAGUUGUUUAAAACCCUGUAUAAAUUCAAAAUGUUAUGCAUGAUAUUAAUCCAUGUAUUUCAUGAACUAGAAUUCAGAGAAAUAUGGAUGUGUCUUUGUGUUAAGCUCCGUGGCUGUUAGAUGGGCACUGAUGUCUCCCAGGUCUUAAUCAAGUUAAGCUGCUCUUGAUCUUGAACACGACUUUAGCAAGAUGGUUUGACCACAGCUGUUGUUGUUUCUGACACUGUACUUUGUGACUGUUGAAAAGGGAAAUUUGUCUUGCAUUGUUACAUGCAGUGGCAUAGACAACUACAGGCUGCAACACUAUAGUAAAAACAUCUCUAUGUAAUAAAGUUGUCAAGACAAGCAAGUUUUGUGAUCUGGUUUCUGGACUUUUCCUGAAGUCUGGGCAUCCAGGGGCGUGGCCAAGAUCAACAGUCAACUCUGCUUUUAAAAUAUACACAAAUAAACAGAACAAAAAGUAGUAGAAGCUUAAAAGAUGCAAUAGGAAGUAGUUGAUCUCAUGUGCAACAUAUAAGAAAAUAUGAAUAUUGCAAAUAUUACAUUUUUGUCACAUUUUGUAACCUUGACUUUUUUUUUUUGGUAUGAAGUGUGAACUAUCUAUAUUUUUCUCAUAAUUAAAAUGCAGACAGAAAUUUUUAGUCUGGAGUGUUU